AUGCCAAAUCCCACUGGUCGGAAUGGCAUUCGAUUGCGAGCUCCUGAUGAUGCAAUCAUACGACCCCUGGUUGAAAAAUAUGUUGCGGCUGGGUACAAAAAUCCCAAGAUUGUUGCUAAGUUAAAGGACCACUACAAUAUUGAGCACUUCAAUGUUUCCCUUUCACUGCUCAAGAAGAAACGCAUGCAGUGGAAAGUUAAGUCAGCGCGCGGGCAAGAUCACACAGUACAUUCUAUUGGACCGGCCAUUGAGCGAAAGUUCAAGGAUGACGCCGCCGCCGACUCAAACAAAGUUACUUCUGGACAGCGGGAGUUAACAAAGUCUGAGCCUUUCUCGGGCCAGGUCUUAUGGCUUAAGAUUUGGUGGACAAAUUGGAACCCCCGUCUCAUUUGUGGGUGGUAUUGUGAUACGGUGGAGAGACUAGGAGAAAUGCCUCUACUCACGCAGAGUGAUCCCGGUAGCGAGAAUAAUGGGAUCGCCAAUGGACAAACCCUUUUACGUCACUUACACGACCCAGCUCUCGCAAGGACUUUGCAACAUACAUUCAAAGGAUCUCAUCGUAACAUCAAGCCUGAGAUCUUCUGGAGCCAACUUCGUAGACGAUGGGCACCAGGCUUUGAACAUUUACUCAAUAUUGGACUUGACGAAGGCUUUUACAAUCCAGAUGAUCCCUUACAGCGUCUGUGCUUUCACUUCAUAUUCAUCCCUUGGCUUCAAAGUGAACUCGACCUCUUCACUGAUAGAUUCAAUCACACAACCCCACGACACAACAUCAACAAGAUCCUUCCUCAUGGUCGACCAACCAAUAUUUUUACCAAUCCUGAGGGUUUCGAGUCUUGUAACUUUGCUGUAAAAAUACAAGGAAAUUAUCUUGAACAGGUACAAGAAACAUAUGCACCUCCUGACCACGGCGUCUUCAACCUUGUUCCACCCGAGUUUGCUAUAUAUGCAGAGGAAUUCAUGAGUAGCAUUGGCGAUCCUACUGUGACAAACAACAAUGUGUGGGAGAUUUAUAACAACCUCCUUGAGCACCUUAGCACUCUCUUGGACAAUGGCGACCUGCAGAGCAUAAUUGCUGGUCAACCCGCACUUCCAGAGGAAGGAUUCCUUGGCUCGGACUUCAUGCCUGUUGUAGACAUGCCACAAUACCGCCAUAUGCAGACAAACGGUUCACAGGGGGACAAAGAUAGGGAGGAAGAGGUGGUUCUUUCGUCGGAUGAUGAUGAAUCGGAGUUUGAGUUCAUCUGGACUUCCUCUGAGAGUGGUAGUGGUAGUGCUUGA